AUGCCUGAAUAUUUUGAGUAUUUUGAGUAGUUCUGGGAAUUUCAAAUGAAUUUGUUUUUGUUUCUAAAAUUUGAAUAUAUUUGGCUCUUAAAAGGUGAUAUAUGUUCUUUUACUUAUUUUCAUAAUUAUACAUUCGAAAAAAUUGAGAACAAGUAAUAUUCCAUCAAAAACGAGAUUUUAAUCAAUAUGCAAAUAGGUUGGGAAAUCAGAGGCCAUUACUUUGGUUAUAUGAUUCAAAUUUUAUCGGAUAUCAUGAAAAUAGAAAUUAUAAUAAAUUUAAUGCAUUCUGUUUAUUGGUUCUUUAAAAUAAAAAUAUGAUUUAAAGCUAACCUUAACAAUCUUAAUUCUAGAGGAGAAUGUAAAAAAUUAAAGGGUUUCUAAAUUCUGAAUCGAAUUUUUCUCCAGUGGAGGAAAGUAUCGAGAGGAAAACUAGAACUCCACUUUUAACUCAAUAGCAAAUGUAAAGUUCGGACUUAAGCGAUCAUGACACACAUUCUAAUAAUGUUGAGAAUAAUCAAAUUGGAUUGAAGAAUAACUGCUUCUUGGAUGAAUACACGUUGGGAGAGAAAUUAGGAGAAGGAACAAAUGGUAUUGUGUGGUUGUGUUGGCCAAAGAAAGAUGAUUAGACGAAAUACGCAGUUAAAGUUAUUCCAACGGACGACGAGGAGAUAAUUAGUAUGGUGAAAUAAGCCUUUAUCAAUUCACAAUUACUAAAAAGCCCGUUUAUAGCGAAAUGUUAUAAAUUGUUCAUUGAAUAAACAAAGUUAUAUUUGUUAAUGGAAUGGGUCCCUUGUUCUAAUCUGGAGACCCUCCUGAAACAGAAUCAGAAAUUGAAAGAAAAACACGUGUAACAGAUAGCAUUGACAUUGUUGAAGGCUGUGAAAUGCUUGCACAAGGCAGGAGUCUGUCAUCGAGACAUAAAACCAGACAACAUUCAAGUUUGCAUGUAAGUCGUACUCUUUAUCCACUUAGGGAUUACAAGAUCAAGUUGAUUGAUUUUGGAGUUUCAAGAAGAUUUGUCACCAUUAAUUAAAAUACAUUAAGGUACAACCGGAAUAAAAUGAUGACAAUUACUGGGAAUAUUCAUUACCGAGCACCGGAAAUCUAUAGAGAUUAUGGUUAUGAUUCUUAAGUUGACUUAUGGGCGAUCGGUGUGGUGAUAUAUUAAUGUCUAACUGGAAUAUUACCUUAUUCUUCUGAAUACACUGGCGAUCUAAUUGAGAUUCUGUCACAAAGGUAUAAUCUUUAAGUCUGAUAUAGAGAACCAUCAUUGGACCCAUUCCACAAGUAGGUUUUCUUAGAUUUGCCCACUAGUUGUAGAGACUUCAUAAAGAGACUGAUGAUGUGGAAUCCUUUAAAAAGAUUGAAUGCUUCAGGUAUCUACCUGUUCUAACUUAGAGGCAUUGAGGCACAUUUGGGUUCCAUCCUACACAUUUCCAAACAAAAUUAAAAUUGUGAAAGAUGAUAUUGAUGUUAGUAAGAGCAGCCAAAACAGUGAUCUGUACAACAAAACGCUGAUAAAUUCUGCAAUGAUGCUCAAUUAGGAGUUAGCCAACACUCUGUUAAAGAGUAGGAGAUUCGAUGCAAUUUAGGAGGAAGAUACUCCAAAAGAGAUGAAUAAGAGUUUGGAAGUGUCAAUAAAUGCGUGUAGCUAUAAUUAAGAUAGUUUAAAAUAGAGAUUAGAAUAAUUUAAAUUAUUGUCUUCGACUUAGAUACAUCAACGAAUGGGGAACAAGAAGGAAACCAUCAAGUACAUCAACACGAUAACCAUUUUUGAGAGUGAGAACAGCAUUAGCGAUUUCAAUUCUGGAAUGGAGACUUCCAUAAAUGUUAGAAAUUUGCAGGUACAAACUUCGAGUAAGAAUGUGAAAGAUUUGUUUGGACUAAAUUUGUGUGAAAGUUAAGUCUCCUUGACACAGAUUGAAGACAUUCCUGAGAAUAAUAAUAUUCAAUAGCUUCAGAGCAAACAGAUUGAUGCUGAUCUUUUGUAAUAGCUUACCUAAUUUGAAUAAUGA